GUUUGGAUCGGGGCAUAUAAACUCGCUCGGUGACCGCGAGCGAUUCCAGUGUGCCCGCGAAGACGCCGAGCGACGCUGUCCGCCUGUCCGCUGUCCGCUGUCCGAUAAUAUCCGCUGCCCGCCAGGAUAAUCCCCAAUCCGCAGGUCCUUGGUGAAUUUUCGGCGCUGCAGGAGGAUAAGAUAAGAUAAGAUUAGAUAUCGGGAGCUGGAUUCUCGGCGAGUUCGAUUUCAGUCUUGUCUGGUGGAAAGAAAAGCGCGGUCGAGAUGAAAGUUUGUGUGAUAUUAUUUUCCCUGCUGUUGUGUUCGACGAAAUUGGCCAAAACCGCGCCGAGCGAUAGCAAUGCUUUGUUGUAUCUUUCCCAAUAUGGCUACUUAGGCCCUGCGAAGGGAAAUUCUAGUCGAAUAUUAGACGAAAGAUCCUACAAAAAAGCCAUAGAAGACUUCCAAGCUUUCGCUGGAUUAAACAUUACGGGUGAAUUAGAUGACACGACUAAAGCCACAAUGGUACUGCCCAGGUGCGGUGUCAAAGACAAAGUAGGCACUGGAGACAACAGAGCGAAAAGAUACGCUUUGCAAGGCAGCCGGUGGAAAGUGAAGAACCUCACGUACAAAAUCAGCAAGUACCCGAGCCGAUUGAAGCGCUCCGACGUCGACAAAGAAGUGCAAAGGGCCUUCGACGUUUGGACCGAUUACACCGAUCUGACUUUCACGCCCAAAACCGGCCAAGUCCACAUCGAAAUCCGCUUCGAGUACGGCGAGCACGGCGACGGCGAUCCCUUCGACGGACCCGGAGGCACCCUCGCCCACGCCUACUUCCCCGUGUUCGGCGGCGACGCGCACUUCGACGCCUCCGAAAGCUGGUCGGUGAACAGCUACAGGGGCACCAACCUCUUCCAGGUGGCCGCCCACGAGUUCGGCCACUCGCUGGGCCUCAGCCAUUCGGACGUCAGGCAGGCGCUGAUGGCGCCGUUCUAUCGAGGCUACGAUCCCAUCUUCAACCUGGAUUCGGACGACAUCGAAGGCAUCCAGGCGCUCUACGGCAAGAAGACGAAGCCGUCGAAUCCGAAGAACGACGACGACCAGUACGGCGACUUCGACGGCAGCCACGGCGUCGGCGACAAGGCGCCGCCGUCGGGCCACGACGCCGGCCUCUGCUCGGAUCCCACCUUCGAUACCAUCUUCAAUUCGGCCGAGGGGCACACUUACGUGUUCAAAGGGGACAAGUACUGGAAGCUCACCGAGGACAGCGUCGAACCGGGCUAUCCCCGGCUCAUUUCCGAUAGCUGGAUCGGCUUGCCCGGUCACAUCGACGCCGCUUUCACCUACAAGAACGGCAAAACGUACUUCUUCAAAGGAUCCAAAUAUUGGAGGUAUAAGGGCAAGAAGGCGGACGGGGCCUAUCCGAAGGAGAUAUCCGAAGGAUUCACCGGAGUGCCGGACGACGUGGACACGGCGAUGGUGUGGAGCGGCAACGGGAAAUUGUACUUCUUCAAGGGCAGCAAAUUCUGGCGGUUCGAUCCGUCGCAGAGGCCGCCGGUGAAGAACACCUACCCGAAGCCGAUAUCGAAUUGGGACGGGGUCCCGGACAAUCUCGACGCCGCCUUCCAAUGGACCAACGGUUACACGUACUUCUACAAGGACAACGCUUAUUACAGGUUUAACGAUAGGGCUUUCGCCGUCGACGCCACGACGCCCGCCUUUCCCAGAUCGACGGCCUAUUGGUGGUUCGGGUGCAAGGGCGCCCCGACGGGCACCAUCGGAUCCAGUGAGUUGAGGAAGAGCGUGGUUGAUGAAGAGAGCUCGGAUAACCAAUUCGCCGACGGUUCGAACGAUAGCGAUACAGAUUACCAUCACAACAUGUCGGAGUUGCCGCCUCAGGAGUUCCACGGCGGAAACGGAAACGACAACAGCUCCUCGGGCCGUCUGACGGCGCCAUCUUUACUUCCGGCGAUGCUGGCGGCUCUGGCGGCGGCGCUGUUAACUAGUAGUGUUUUAUAGGAUCCACACAGAACGGCGAAUUCCGUUUUAUAAACGGGACGAGCCGCUUUGACUGAGAAUAUAUUCCCAUGAAAAUGUGAUUUCAAAGAAAAAAACGUUUAGUUUUUUUGUUAGUCGACGUUUAGUUUAGUUUUCGCGGAAGCCAAAUGGUCGAAAUAUACGGGGGGUGGUUGAUUCGCGUUGUUGUUUAUGUAUUUU